AACAUGAGUUAUUUAUUUAUUGAAAAACCUUGUAUUGAUUUGAACCAUCCGAUUUAUUUUUCUCGAUUAUUUUUUACAAAUUACUUUCAUUCUUCUGUCAUUGUCAGUGUCACUGCCACAUGUCAAAUGAGAAAUGGUUUGGGCUGGUGAAGCAUUGUUUAUUGUGUGAAUUUUAAUUAUACGAAUACAGUAAAAUGGAUGAAGUUGCGAAAUUAGAACACCUUUCUUUGGUGUCAAAGGUUUGUACAGAGCUGGACAAUCAUUUAGGAUUGAAUGAUAAAGAUUUAGCUGAAUUCAUCAUUGACAUAGCUGACAAAAAUCCUGCUUUUGACUCUUUCAAGAAGGCACUUAUUGAAAAUGGAGCAGAAUUUUCAGAUUCCUUUAUGACUAACUUGUUACGUAUCAUACAGCAUAUGAAACCUAGCAACACAACACAGAAAGCUGAGACUAGUCAAGAACAUUCAAAUCCACUUGCCAAUAAGUUUCCAGGACUGGCUAUCCCUAAUGAGAAGCCUCCCAAAUUUUCUUCAGAUGAAGAAAGUGAGGAAGAAGAUGAGAAGUCAACCAAAAGACUGACAGCUAAAGAAAUAUUCAAAGAGGAGUCAAAAGCUGAUAUAAGUGACUCAGUGGUUGAUCAAGCAAUGGCGGAGCUAGAAGCAUUAGCUCCAUCACAAGGUGGUCCUGGGAAAGAAUCCAAAAAAGACAUUCCUAAGGAAGAUAUAAAAAAGAGGGAAAGAAGCCACAGUAGAGACCGCAAAGAUGUUAGUAGGAGAAGGGAAAGAUCCAGAGAGAGAGAUAGGGAUAGAAAAAGCAGGCGUAGCAGGAGUAGAGACAAGAGAAGUAGUAGUAGGGAUAGGAGGAGUCGCAGUAGAGACAGGAGAAGUCGCAGCAGAGGCCGCAGGAGUAGAAGUCGUAACAGGGACAGAGAUAGAAGGAAGAGGUCCAGGAGCCGCCCCACAUCCAGUCGUCACAGGUCUAGAGACAGGCAAAGAAGAUCCAAGUCUAGAGGAAGGACAUCUCCAUCCAGAGGAAGAUCAUCUCCAGCUCGAGGCAAGAGGUCUCCGUCUAGAGAAAGGGAACAUAAAUAUGACUAUGGCAAGAAGUCCAGGAAGAGGAGUCCUGAGGUUGAGAUGAGUGAUGAUCCUGAACCAGGGAAGAUCUACAACGGGCGAGUGGCAAACAUAGUACCAUUUGGAUGCUUUGUACAAAUAGAGGGAGUGAGGAAGAGGUGGGAAGGUUUGGUACAUAUCUCACAGCUGCGGUCAGAGGGCAGAGUGACCAAUGUCUCUGAUGUUGUCAAUAGAGGGGACAAAGUUAAGGUCAAAGUAAUAUCAGUGACUGGACAGAAAGUAUCUCUCACCAUGAAGGAUGUGUGUCAAGAAACUGGCAAAGAUCUGAAUCCAACAUCACAUGCACAUUUGGAGGCUGAACGCGAAGGUCGUAAUCCCGAUCGCCCCCCACCGAACGCCACAGUGUUAGCUGGUCUCCAGGGAGGCCUGGACCCUGAUGAAGACUCAAGUCGAAAGAGAGUCACCAGGAUCUCCAGUCCUGAGAGAUGGGAGAUUAAACAGAUGAUAUCAUCAGGAGUAAUAGAUAAAAGCGAGCUACCCGACUUUGACGAGGAAACAGGUCUGCUACCAAAAGACGAAGACGGCGAAGCUGAUAUCGAGAUUGAACUCGUUGAAGAAGAACCUCCUUUCUUACAAGGACAUGGCCGUGCUCUACACGACCUGUCGCCAGUCAGGAUUGUCAAGAACCCUGACGGUUCUCUCGCUCAAGCCGCCAUGAUGCAGUCUGCUCUAUCUAAGGAGAGGAGGGAACAGAAGAUGAUACAAAGAGAACAAGAAAUGGAGUCCUUACCCAUGGGUCUGAACAAGAACUGGAUAGAUCCCCUCCCAGAAAGCGACGGUAGAGCAUUAGCUGCCAACAUGAGAGGUACUGGCAUAACUCCUCAAGAUUUACCAGAGUGGAAGAAGCAUGUCAUUGGCGGGAAGAAGUCUUCAUUUGGCAAGAAGACGAACUUGUCGCUUUUAGAACAAAGGCAGUCGCUGCCUAUUUAUAAGCUGAGAGACGAGUUGACUAAGGCCGUAGCCGACAACCAAAUCCUCAUAGUAAUCGGGGAGACAGGGUCCGGUAAGACGACACAGAUCACCCAAUAUUUAGCGGAGUGUGGUCUAACAGCUCGCGGCAAGAUCGCGUGCACGCAGCCGCGUCGUGUGGCCGCCAUGUCCGUCGCUAAGCGUGUCGCUGAAGAGUUCGGAUGUCGCCUCGGGCAGGAGGUCGGGUAUACUAUCCGUUUUGAAGAUUGUACCAGUCCUGAAACGGUUAUCAAGUACAUGACAGACGGUAUGUUGCUCCGCGAGUGCCUCAUGGACCUGGACUUGAAGACGUACUCCGUCAUCAUGUUGGACGAGGCUCACGAGCGCACCAUCCACACGGACGUACUCUUCGGACUACUCAAGCAGGCCGUCCAGAAACGACCAGAACUCAAACUGAUCGUUACCUCAGCUACUUUAGACGCUGUCAAGUUCUCACAGUACUUCUUCGAAGCACCCAUCUUUACCAUCCCUGGUCGAACCUUCCCGGUCGAAGUUUUGUACACCAAAGAACCUGAGACGGAUUAUCUUGAUGCAUCCCUCAUAACUGUGAUGCAGAUACAUUUGAGAGAGCCUCCCGGGGAUAUUUUGCUGUUCUUAACUGGUCAAGAAGAAAUUGACACCGCGUGCGAGAUUCUGUACGAGAGAAUGAAGUCUCUAGGUCCGGAUGUACCAGAGCUGAUCAUCUUACCGGUGUACUCAGCGCUGCCUUCCGAAAUGCAGACGCGUAUCUUCGAGCCUGCCCCUCCCGGCUCCAGGAAAGUCGUCAUAGCUACCAAUAUUGCGGAAACAUCGCUGACUAUCGACGGAAUUUAUUAUGUUGUCGAUCCUGGAUUUGUGAAGCAGAAAGUUUAUAAUUCGAAGACUGGGAUGGACUCUUUGGUUGUGACGCCUAUUUCACAAGCAGCGGCAAAACAGCGGGCGGGUCGUGCCGGGCGGACGGGCCCGGGCAAGUGCUACCGACUGUACACGGAGCGAGCCUACAGGGACGAAAUGUUACCCACACCGGUGCCUGAAAUACAGCGCACCAACCUCGCCACCACUGUGCUGCAGUUAAAGACGAUGGGUAUCAACGACCUGCUACACUUCGACUUCAUGGACGCGCCGCCCGUGGAGUCGCUCAUCAUGGCGCUGGAACAACUGCACUCACUGUCCGCUCUCGAUUCUGAAGGACUACUCACCAGGCUGGGCCGCAGGAUGGCCGAAUUCCCUCUCGAACCGAACUUAUCAAAGAUCUUAAUCAUGUCAGUUGCCCUGCAAUGUUCUGACGAGAUCCUCACCAUAGUUUCAAUGCUGAGCGUUCAAAACGUGUUCUACCGUCCCAAAGACAAGCAAGCGCUGGCUGAUCAGAAAAAAGCUAAGUUUAACCAGCCAGAAGGUGAUCAUCUGACGUUACUGGCUGUUUAUAAUAGUUGGAGGAAUAAUAAGUUCUCUAACGCAUGGUGCUAUGAGAACUUCGUGCAGAUACGUACGCUAAAGAGAGCACAGGAUGUUCGGAAACAGCUGCUGGGAAUUAUGGAUAGACACAAACUGGAUGUGGUGUCCGCGGGCAAGAACACAGUUCGUAUCCAGAAGACGAUAUGUUCCGGUUUCUUCAGGAACGCCGCUAAGAAGGAUCCGCAAGAGGGGUACAGAACUCUCGUCGACAGCCAAGUAGUUUACAUACAUCCUUCUAGCGCGCUCUUUAAUAGGCAACCUGAAUGGGUCAUCUACCACGAGCUCGUCCAAACUACGAAGGAGUACAUGCGCGAAGUGACCACCAUCGAUCCUAAGUGGCUGGUGGAGUUCGCGCCAGCAUUCUUCAAGUUCUCCGACCCUACCAAACUGUCCAAAUUCAAGAAGAACCAGAGAUUGGAGCCGCUGUACAACAAAUAUGAAGAACCCAACGCUUGGAGAAUAUCUAGAGUUCGCAGGAGAAGGAAUUAGUUUGAAUUAUCUGGCGCAUAAAUUGACACAAAUUAAAUAGAUAUGGAUUGUG